AUGGACGACAAAGCGAACACAUUAGCAGCUCUUUCUUUCAUAGCUUUCGUAUUAUUAAUCCCCCCUUUCAUUUGGCAUUGCAAAUGCAAAAAUAUUCCGCCAAUAUGUUUAAUAUUUUGGUUACUAUUCCUCAAUUUGACUUCCUUCAUUAAUGCUUGUAUCUGGGGAGGAGAAGACUUUGACCAGAAGUAUAAUGGUGUGGGAUAUUGUGAUGUGACAAUGAAGCUAGAGGCUGCAUCCUCCAGUGGCAUGAUCUGUGCGAUUAGUGCUUUGGCAUUUAACUUAUUUAUGGUGUUAUGGGCGAAAUAUCCGGCUUUCAUGAAUAAUGGAUCUAAGUUGAAGAUGUGGAUAUCGUUGGCGAUGUGUUUGAUUACACCUAUUUUUAUUAUGUGUACAAACUACAUCAUUCAAACAUCAAGGUAUGUUAUUAUAAAGUAUAGAGGGUGCACGGUAACAUAUGCCCUUUCUCCAGUAUCGAUUGUAUUAUAUUCCAUGUGGAAUAUAAUCUGGGCUGCAGUUGCAGUUGUUUUUUCUGUUCUGACGUUGGUAACAUACUUCAGAAAAAGAAAGGACGUAAAGGAUAUAUUAAGAUGCACAAACUCAGGAUUAAAUUUAAAAAGGUUUGCAAGGUUAUUGAUAUUCAGCGUUUUAAUUGUUAUUGCCCUAGUGCCUGUGGCAGUUUAUUAUUUCGUUACCGACUUUGAUUUGUUUGAAGGAGAGUUUGUUUGGUCGGAGAUUCAUAAUCAAUUCUGGGGAGAGAUUUUCUUUUAUGAUUUUGGAAUUGAGAUAGUAUAUGACAGAUGGGUUCAUAUUGCAUUAUCAGUUAUCACGUUCCUCCUUUUUGGGUUAGGUUCUGACGCAUUGAUAAUGUACAAGAACGGAUUAUGUAGGAUUGGUCUCGGUCGGUUCUUCAAUGGAUCACCAAAGACAGACGCACAUCAUAUAGAUCUAUUACAAUUGACAAAGAAUGAUAGUCCAACCAGUCAAUUUGCACUUUCGAAGAUGUCAACCCAAACAAGAGUUGGAAGUAACAGAUCAGAAUUGAGCAAGCCAGCAAUGUGUGAAUUCAAAAACGGAUUUAAUGAAAUCAUUGACGACAACACUCUUGGUGGGUCUUCCACAACGCUGACUGCUCAUAGCCCUCAAGAAAGAAAUUUUGAUUUAGAGAAGGGAAUGACGUCUCUUAAGAGCAUUUCUGACUAUUUCAACGAAGAGGAAAUAGCAGCAAAGGAUGAGUUGAAAUACAUCAUGAAUCAAUCAAUAAAUAAUGCUGACGACGGAUUUGAUUAUAAUUAUCAAGUUAAAAAAAAAUAA